UCAUGUAGUUUCAGGUUUAUGUAGUAAUUAUACUGCAGUUAAAAUGUCCAAAGUGACAUAGAUUGAAGGAGGAACAACACACACCUGCAGAUAGUUGAGAAUCAGCAGCUCCACUGUGAAAACUACUCCAAUGACUUAUAUCCAGAGCUGACAACCUCUGGUCCACAUCUGCUCUCUCAGUGAGGUUGUGAUCACACUCCUCUGAUUCUUCACCAAACAAGAUGCAGACCAGGACGGAGAAGUUUGGAGCUCAGCUGCCUCUCUUUGUUGCAGCCAGCAGCAGCUCUCAGCGAGGAGGUCUGGUCAGGAAGAGAACCACCUACCUGGCUAAGAUCGCUGUCGUCCUCCAAGACGCUCCAGGCAAGAUGCUCACUUUCACCCAGUUGAUGGACAGACUGGCACCAUUCAUCUCUGAAGACAGAAAAUCUGUUGAGAACAACAUCAGAGUUUGUUUGUCAACCACCAAAUGUUUGGUCAAGAUCCCAGUGGUUCCAGAUUCACUGGACAGUAAGAGAAACUACUGGAAACUGGACCCCAGUCAGAUCACAGCAAAGAUGGUGCGUCGUCACUUCAAAGGGAUCCUGCAGCUCUUCCCUGAGCUGGCCUCCAAAGUGGAGCCGGAUACCAGGAGGAGAUCAUCGGAGCACUGCUCAGCUCUCCACUCUCCUGAACCUGCAGCCUGCAGAGCUGAUCAGAUCAGAUGUGAGGUGAAGUUCAGCGGUCCUUUCUCCAUCGAGUCCAUCCUGAAGAGAGACAGUCCCUCUGCUCGGGCCUCCAGAGCUUCUCCUCUGUCCAGCGUGCCGGUCAGAGAGGAGCAGCCUCGGCCCACAAAGAGGAGCUUCAGCUGGGACUCUGAGGAGCCUCUCCUCCUUCAGGCUGCAGCUGGAGGUUCACCCAUCUGCUCAACACACCGUGGACUCACUGCUAAGAGGAUGCAGGUGUGCACUCAGUCCUCAUUCCCUGUCUAUGGAAGAGCUCCUUAUUUCACCAGCCCACACAGCAGUUACAUCACUGUACCCGCAUUUAACCAUGAUGCUCUCCGUUUCUGUUUGUAAAAGUAUUUUCCUUACUCCCUACUUGCACUUUUUCAUUUUCAUUUUUUUUCAUUAUAUGUUUUUGAGUGGACCGAACACUUUCAGAGAGAUUUUUCUUCGAAAUCAGACACACAUUUUCAACUCACACAAGGCCCAUAAAUGGUAUCGUGUGUCUCAUUGUGUCAUAUUUCUUUUAUUUGUGUCUGUGUUUUUGUUAGCAGAUAACUCAGUUAAAAUCUCCUGAAGCUCUACUUGAUUAGCGGUCUGUGUGUAAUAUGCUUACUGGGGCAUUUCAUACAUUUUUUUCUUUUGUGUUUGAGGUCACCAUCUGACCAUAAGAGGGCAGCAUAGUAUUUCAAAGUUUAGCCUGAAAUGCAAUAAUGUGAACACACUCCUUUUGUAUCAAAUGAACAAUUAAAGGGUUUUCUUCUG